AUGACUUCUCUGGAUCCGCAGGUGAUGGCUCCCAACAUGGAGACAUAUACCACAGAUGACGCACUCUCCAUGAUGGGGUUUGGGAAAUUCCAAGCGCUUGUUCUGAUCUACGCUGGGAUGGGCUGGGUCGCAGAAGCCAUGGAGCUCAUGCUCUUGUCGUUUCUUGGGCCGUUCAUACGAGAGGAGUGGAACGUCUCCCCGGAGAACGAGAGCCUCCUUUCAAGUGUUGUCUUUGCUGGCAUGCUGUUAGGUGCCUGUGCUUGGGGCUUUGUUUCCGACAAAUAUGGACGGAGGACUGGUUUAAUCUUUUCAACUCUGUUUACUAGUGGAAUGGGUUUUCUAAGUGCUUUAUCUCCUAACUACUUAUGCUUGGUGGCUCUUCGGUUUCUCGUUGGAGUAGGAGUGGGUGGCAGCCAUGUGUUUAUAUCUUGGUUUUUGGAAUUUGUUCCUGCACAAAACCGUGGCACUUGGAUGGUUAUUUUCUCCCUUUUCUGGACUCUCGGCACAAUCUUGGAAGCUUCACUUGCAUGGGUCGUAUUACCAGCAUUGAAUUGGAGGUGGCUGCUAGUAUUCACCGCCCUUCCAUGCUUCCUCUUGCUUCCUUUCUUUGGAGUAACACCUGAGUCUCCGCGCUACCUUUGUGCACAAAGUAGAAUGUCCGAUGCCACUGCUGUUCUGGAGAGAAUGGCCAAUGCAAACCAAUCAGCUCUUCCUCCAGGAAUUCUCACAUACAAUAGACAAACAAAAUUUGACCACGACGCUCUUGCUUCUGAGAGUGAAUGUCUUCUUCCUGUUAGAGAGAAGGAAUGCACAGUUGACAAUGCCAAGAGCUCCGAAUCUGGCAGUCUUGCUGCAUUGCGCGUACUGUUAUCGCGCACUGCUCAGAUCAACUCUUCUUCUUUGUUGAGUGAUGCAAAUAAAAGCUGUGCAUCUGGUGUGAAUGUUGGCCUGAACCAAAAGGUUACCAAUCUUUACAAAGAUACUUUCAUCACUAGUUUAGCAGAAAUCCCAGGUUUAUUUUUGUCUGCUGUUCUUGUUGAUUGGUUUGGUCGAAAAGCUUCGAUGUGGUCUAUGAUGUUCGCAUGCUGUGCUUUCCUUGGACCACUUGUACUUCAACAGAAUGAGCUGUUGACAACUAUUCUUCUAUUUGGUGCCCGUGCGUGUGCCAUGGGGAGCUUUACAGUUUUGUGUCUUUAUGCUCCAGAGGUAUAUCCAACAUUUGUCCGCUCAACCGGUGCAGGAAUUGCAACUGCCGUUGGUAGAAUUGGCGGGGUUGUUUGCCCUCUUGUUGCUGUCGCUAUGCUGCGGAGCUGCCACCAGAUGGAAGCACUCAUUGUGUUUGAGGUGAUAUUAUGCCUUGCUGCAGUUGCCUGCAUGUUCUUCCCUGUAGAGACCAAGGGCCGUGGAAUGGAUUGA